AUGUAUUAUUAUAGUGGAGUUAUUUGGAUCUGUAUGUAUUCUGUUCUGUUUGUAUAUGGAGAACAGAAUUUAUUUGAUAAGAAAUGCAAACGUGAAUGUGAUACCCAAUAUGGUACAUUUGAUUGUUGGAAAACAACUAUAGAUGGAUUUACUUAUGGUUUAUCAACAUCUAUGAUUAAUUAUUGUCAAGUUAUAUUACAAGUUCGACAAAAGAUUGAUGAAAAAUUUUCAUGGUAUAAUGUCAGUCGUGAUUUAUUAACAAAACAAAUUAGAGAAUAUAAUCUUGAUAGUAAAGCUCGUCAAAUAACGAAAAACGAUGCUGAACAAAUUGUUACAACACUUUUAAAUAAAUGUUUUUAUACAUCCUCAUCAUCUAUAUCUUCUAUUCAACCAUCAUGUCCAUCAUGUUCGAAACAAGAAAUUAAACUAAUAAAAGAAUCACGUCUUUUCUCUUUAUUUUCUUCAGUUUCAUGUUUUGUACUCAUUUUUGUUAUUAUUUUGUUAUAUGCUUUACAUAUCGGUUCUACACGUCGUUCUUAUCAAUCAAUUGGUUAA